AAUGAAAAAGAAUCAAUUUGGACUUUUAGAAGAUUUAACAGAGCCAGGACUUAUUAAAAAAAGUAACGAUGUUUCAUGGAAGAAUGAUUAAAUUUAUAAACAAACAAAUUUUGAAAAAAAUACAACAUAUUUCCAUAUCAUGGGUAAUUUUUAAAAUCAAGAUUAUUAAGGUCAUGAAGAGUCUCAUGCAGUCAGAAGAAGAGAAAUAUUGAAAAAACAUCCAGAAAUAUAAGUCUUAUUUGGAAAUGACAUUAAUUCAGCUUGGUUAGGGAUCACCUUUGUAUUGUUGUAAUUCAGUUUCAUAAGUCUUUUUAACUAAUUAAGUUUGUUUUGGUUUGUGAUAACUGCUUAUGUUUUUGGUGCAACUUUGAGUCAUGCUCUACAUGUUUUAGUACAUGAUUUUACUCAUUUUACUUGUUUUGAAAGUAUAGCUUUGAAUAAGUUGAUGGCAAUAUGGGCAAAUUUUGGAUAAGGAGUACCCUCAGCCAUUACUUUUGGUAGGUAUAAAAUACAUAUUUAAAUAUGUUUAGAUAUCAUGCAGAUCAUCAUACCUUUUUGAAUUUGGAAACACUUGAUCCAGAUCUUCCAUCCAGAUUAGAAUUAAAGUAUGUUAAAGGACCAAUAAUGAAAUUUUUAUUUGUGGCUUGUCUUCCUUUAUUUUACGGUUUGAGACCUGUAAUAUUAAGACCGUUAAAGCCAAAUACUUAUGAAAUAAUUAAUAUAGUUUCCGUCUUUUUUGUUGAUUAUUUGAUUGUUGAAUAUAUUGGAGUACAAGGACUACUUUGGCUAUUACUAUCUACUUAUUUUGGUUUAAGGUAUCAGUACUAUUCAAAUUUAGUGUUCAUCCUUUUGCUGUUCAUUUGAUAGCAGAACAUUAUGAGUUCGUUAAUAGAAUGGAAACAUAUGAUUAUAUUGGUUGGGCUAAUUUCUUUGUUCUUAAUAUUGGCUAUCAUACAGAACAUCAUGAUUUUCCUAUGAUACCCUGGACUAGAUUACCUUUACUAAGAAAAAUGGUACCAGAGUAUUAUGAGAAUUUGCCUUGUCAUACAAAUUAUGUGCAUACAUUAUUUGCUUACAUAUUUGAUGGAUAUAUGGGACCCUUUUCUAGAAUUGUUAGAUCUUCACCUGUAUAUUUCCAAAAAUGAC